AGGCGACGUCGGGGUUGCCUUGCGACUCUUCUCUUCCCCCACGACGUUAGGCGACUCUUCCGUUUCUCAGACGCCAUUCUCUCGACAUCCUGGAACGGUCCUGGGCCGACCUAGUGCCGGGGCGUUUAUUAAGGGUCUACGGCUGCUUCCACAAUUCGCUUGUCUGUGCGACGUGUCUUGACUCUUGAACUCCGACUCGACGAGCAUAAAAACGUCUUUUCUGACACCUCUUUGUGAGCGUACUACCUGAAUCAUGGAGACGUAUGUGAACACGACUGUCUACCCUCCACGAGAUGCAUGGUCGUCUGCCACGCAUGAAGCCCUCGUACCCUGGUCUGGCACUUCCGCCUUCAGCGACCUGGCGACCAUAAGCCUCGCUCAAGAGCAACUCGACGCCCAUGCAAAGUCUGCUGCCAUAUCUCUCUCCCUGAUCCGCUCCCGCCGGAACGCACUGUCUUCCAUCUCUCGCCUCCCCGCCGAACUCCUCUCUCACAUCUUCUCCUAUCUCGUCCUCAUCGACCCUCCAGCGGGAAGCGCUUCCUCGGACUCCAGUACGUUGGGCUGGAUCCAUGUCACGCACGUUUGUAGGGCAUGGAGGGAGGUCGCGGUAGGCAACCCUGCGUUGUGGACGAUCAUACCGUUUGCGGAGAGCGACGAAUGGGCGAGCGAGGCGUUGAGGAGGAGUAAGAAGUGUCCGCUCACUGUGAAGGCGAAGUUUGAGAGGGAGGAAGAGUCUCAGGCUUGGGACAAGGACGAACCGCUCGCCGUUGCGUUCUCCGAACUCUAUCGUGUACGGAACCUCGACCUGUCCGGCACCCUUGACCAUCACGCCGUGACAUUACUCGAUCGGGGACUGAAGCAGGAGGCCCCCAUUUUGGAAAGCCUGAAGCUCAAGUUCAAUGGCGUCCUCGGAGCACCGAUGUACACCUAUCCUGAGGCUCUCGUCGCCCCGAGACUCAGAGAAAUUUCCCUUCACGGCAUCGCACCCCCGUUCACUUCCAUAAUGAGCCUCACGAAGCUGACCUACCUCGAAAUCCGUAAACCACCCGGUCCACGACUGGAACUCCAUGGCCUUCUCGAUCUCCUCGCCUCACAACCUGCUCUCGAAACCUUAAUCCUCCAAUCCGUAAUGCAUCCGCCAGGCUCAGCAUUCCACGUCGCCGAUCCUCGCCGCGUCAGUCUCCCACACCUUCACAAAUUCCUGUUCGCGGGUUGGUUGCACACCUGCGCUUACCUCCUAAGGCACCUGGGAAUCCCACCCGCCGCGGCGGUGACGUAUGAACUCGGUUGCCUGGACGGACCCGCGGAACCGUAUCUCUUGGAAUUCUUCAGGUAUCUGGCGCCGCAUUCCGGAGUUUAUGAGGUGGAGGGAGGAAAUGGCGCGAUGACGAGGCCGAUGAGGGCGUUGGCGGUGAGAGGGGCGGAUUGUAGGUGUAUCAAUAUCAGGGGUUGGGACUGGGACGACACGCGCGGAUUGCCCAUCUCUGUUUCUGGUGGCGCCACAUCUAUUGGCAACAGCAACGCCACCUCCUCGAGCGCGCUCAAAGAUAUCGACGAGCCGAAAAUCCAAGUCACACUCAACCCGACCUCCCGUUUCCUCCCUGACUUCAUCUCCGAGAUGUUCCUUAACCUCUGCCACUCGCUCUAUCUCGAUGAAAUGCAGGUCUUGAGGGUGUUUUUCGAUCAGGUCGCGUUUGGGCCGGAGUUGUGGGGACAGGCGUUGGGGAGGGCGAGGAAGUUGGUGAGCUGUGAGUUGAGUGGGCCGAGCGCGCCUGGGUUCGUGAGGAAGUUGGGAAUGGUACCGCCCCCGGUGCAGCUACCGCAGAGGACCGAUAUGACGCUGGCUAUGGCGUUGGAAGGGGCUUCGGGUGGAGGUGUGAGUAUGGAUAUGGGCGAGGAGAACGAUCAAGGGGGACUUCAGUCGAAUGCAAUGGACGCUGCGAUGGACGCCUUCAUUUCAGUGGACAACUCGGAUGAUGCGCUUUCAGGAUUCACGUCCCUUGCACCUAACGCGAAUACUGGGAGCCCAUCGGCACAGUCCUCUUCCGACUCGAUCAACCGCGAAAACCUCUUCCUCCCGAACUUGCAACGUCUCUGGCUCCAAGAAGUCGACUUCUCCGCGCACCUCCCCGGAAUCACUCGCUGUCCCGCCAUGGCUCACAGUACCAAUUCCAACGCCACCACAAACACCGGCUCGGACUCGAUCCUCUCGCCUGCGCGGUUGAGGUUGAGGAAGGCGAACGGGGGCGUGCUCAGGGAGUUGAAGUUCACGAAGUGUGUGGUCGAUCAGGCGACGGUGCAGGCGCUGAAGGAUGCGAGCGCGAGUCUCGCGUCGGGUUCGAGUUCUGGUCAGGGCGGCGGGGCUGGGGCUGAGGGGCUGGGGAUGAAUGUUAUUUGGGAUCAGUGGGCGGGGUAUGCGCAUGGACACGGACAUACACAUCAUUUCGUGCAUCCGCAUACGCACCCACACGGCCACGGAGUUGGCGUUGGCGGAGGUGGAGUCGUAGGUGCCGGUGGUACUGGCGGAGCAGCAGCAGCAGCAGCGGGAGGUGCCGCUGGCGGUGGAGCCGCAGGAGGUGCUGGAGGUGCUGGCGGUGGGCAUGUCAUCCAACUGGCGAGCGUGCCCGUUAUUCCGGUGACGGUGCAGCAGGGGAUGUCGGUCACGGUCUCGCAUCCGGGGGUGAACUUGACGAUUCAUGUGCAGCAUCAGCACCACGGGCAUGGACAUUUACAUACGCACCCUCAUCCGCAUCACGCACAGGCCCAUCCUCUUCUCAAUCAACAACCUCAUCCUCAUCCCCAGGCACUUCAGGUUCAGCAGCAGCAGCAUCCUCUUACGCAUCCGCUUUCACAGCAGCAGCAGCAACAGCAUCCACACCCGCAUCCGCCCCAACAACAACAACAUCACCACCCACAACAGCAUCUCCAAUUGCAGCACGUCCACCAACACCCUCAGCAUCCGCUCAUCCACCACGUUCAGCACCCGCAUGCACCCGCUCCGGCGCAGACUCAGCAGCAGCAAUAUCUGCAGCAGUAUGUCCAGGCGAUGCAACAGCACCAGCAGCAGGUCGCGCAGGCUCAACAGCAGCAAUUGGCCCAGCUCGCGCAUGUGCAGCAGCAUCAGCAACAGAUGCAACAGCAGCAGCAACUUCAGCAGCAAAUUCAGCAGCAAAUUCAGCACCAGGUUCAGCACCAGGUCCAGCACCAGGUUCAACAGCAUGUCCAGCAGCAUCAGCAGACUCAGCAGCUGAUGCCGCAGCCGUUCCAACCGAAUCAGCACGCCCAACAGUUGGCGCAGGCGUUGUUGCAGCAUGAGAUGCAGACGCAGGCGCAGGGUCAAAGUCAGGGUCAGGGAGUGGCUCAGUUCCAGAUGCAGGACCAGGGCGGGAAUCAGGGUGGGGACGACGGGCAGGGACAGUCGACUUGAUAGUUCGAGCAUUGGACGAAGGGGACGAAGAGGGGAUGGAUAUACCUUUGGUGGUCUUUGGACGAGUAAGUAUCUUGAGAUGACAUAUAAUGCACACGGAUACGAACAAGGGGAUCAAGGACACUCCGCUGAUUUUGGGUCUUUGCCUGCCUGCAAUUUGUUUUAUGCUUUCCCUGUGUUCGGGUCCUGUAUUUUUUGGGGGCUUUUGGUGUCUUGGGAUAUAACAUACGUAUACCUUGUGACUUGUUCAUCGUAUUAUACUUUGCUGUAUUUAUUGGAGCCUCUCGAAUUGUGAAGUCAUAUCGUAACGUACACUCUUAUACCGG